UUGUGUCAAGUCUCUGAGCCUCAGAUUCACCUCUCGACCAGGAACUUCCCCACUCCCUGCGAUGACUGCUGUUCGUCGGAGGACGUAGUCAGUCCAAGAUUUGCAACUGCCCGUCGCGAUGCCCGACAAAAGGCCCCUGGAUCCACUUCAACCAGUGCUGUAUAUCGACCACUGUCGCUAUCGCCCUAUUUAUAGGAAACGGGCUCUGCACCUCCAUUCUUCUCUGGCAGAAGCUCUGCGGGCCAUUCAGCCAAGGGUUAAGCUCCAGCUAAGGAUCAAUGACCGGGGUCCGCCGCAAGAUGGAUCCUUUGAGGUGGCAGUUGCCCAGUAUCCCACUGAGGAUGCAGCCGCCCGCCAAAGUGUGUGGACCGGCUUGCGGCGAAUGCCCAGUGCAACGAAGGUUCCCCAUGUGGACGACAUCUUCACCCCGGUUUGUUUCGCCCUCAAACUCAGGGAUCCCAACAAGGAAUCCCACCGACGGAUGCUGACCAAUUUGCGACACAACGAUGGCAGUCGGGCAAGGAGUGAAGAUUUUGAAUAAAUAUUGAAAUGUAUUUCGUAUUUUAGGCAACUUAAUAAAAUUGCAUGUACUGGG